AUGGUCCGCAUAAAACACCGCUAUCUCCUCUUCAACAUCCUGUACCCAUCCGCACCCUCCUCCAAUUCCUCCACCAGCAACACGUCCACGCCCGUGGCACCGCUACCGUCAUUACCGCCCUACAUCUCCAUCCACCGCGCAAGUCCAGGCCACUUGAACGCACACCACCUGCUGUCCGCACUGCGCCACAACAUCAGCAACAUCUUCGGUGAACACGGGCUGGGCGUGACACAAUCUAGCUUGAAGGUCAUUUACUUCUCGCCUGCAACCUCAACCUGCAUCCUGCGGUGUCCUCGUGCACACUUCCGGCUAGUAUGGGCGAGUCUGUCCUUCAUGGACAGCCUGCCCGGUAAGGUCUACAAUGAGCCGCGCACGCGAUGUGUCAUCCAGGUCGUCCGCGUUAGCGGGACCAUCCGUAAGAGCGAGGAGGAGCUGCUCAGACGUGCGCGAAGGGAUGUAGUGAGAGCGAAACUGGACGGCGUGAGCGAGGAGACUGCCCUCCUGGACGACCUUGUCGGCGGAGCAGGCAUUGGGAUGUCGAAAAAGUCUAAGGGCAAGGAUAGAGCGAUCGAGUCUCUCCACUGCAAUGUAGGAGAGGAUGGCAUUGAAGAUUUCGAUGAAGAGGAGGAGGGCGAACUGUCCGAUACCGACGAUUGA